AUGGCUCGAACGACGUCGAAAAAGGCCACCAAGCCUCUGCAGGAUCCGCGACUACCACCGCCACCUUUCCUGAAAGCACCUACAGCUCUAGAACCCUUUGUCGAAAGCCUGAACAAAGCCCACGUCUACAUUGUCCAUGUCGACCGAUUCCCUGCGAGUUUCAAGAAGCGCAUCUUUACCGUUCCCGUCCUCCUGAAUGUCAUAAUCGCCGCGCUACUAGUAUGGCGCAUCUACGCCAUUCUUCCAACCUAUCUGGCAAUCUUCACCUCAGUCAUUGGCCUCGAUUCGCCUGCUACGAUUGACACGGCCAGCAAGACCAAGUCUCAUCUGGCAUGGGUCCUGACGAAGCGCGUGGCAAUGUUCAUGUUUGACUUUGUCCUCGGCCGCUUCAUCGUACCAUGGCCUGUGACCUUCUUCCUCGAAGCACCCGCCAACCCGUGCUACUGGCGCAUCAAGGUCGGCUUCCACGAUCAGGAAGUUGCGGUGCGCAUCAGCCGUGAUUGGGGCGCCGAGGAGCUUUUGGCAGGUGUCAAGACCGGAGGAGACAGUCCUUUCUUCACAACACGCAUCCUACCGGCCAUCGAACGCAACUACAUGCGCCAAAAAACGGCAUACCUCAUGAUGGGCAAGGACUGGGAUCUGGAUUUUGGCGCCAUGGUUUAUGCACACCGCCUCAUCGACGACAAGAAGAACAGUCUCCAGGACUUUGAAAAGAGUGUACUUGCGUACAGUGAACAACAUGGAUGGCUAUACUGGCCGGUACACAAGUUGGACGAAGAAGGCUCGGAAGAGGAGAACAGGAAGAAGAUUGUCGCGCUCAAGGAUCGCCUGACCGUUAUGGGCAAGGAGAGUCUAUUCUUCCGCUGGAUCGAGAUUGUGCAGUAUGAGAGCAGUCGCCCUGGCGGUUUCACACAAGAGCGUCAGGUCGAGACAUAUAAGAAGGUGCAACAGGAGUUUGAGAAGCACGGUAUCGAUUUUAGAGAGCUGCUCGAGAAGGUCGGUGGCUUGGAUGGCAUGCCUGGCUUCUCCGACUCACAGGUCCCGGUCCAGCUAUGA